AUAGGAGGCAAGCAGAAGCUGCUCGUAUCAUGGAGAAGUGUCCUGAUAGAAUACCUGUAAGAUUCUUCCAUGUUAGCUAUGUGCCCGUGCAUGUUCCCUUUAUCAACAAAUCUAACUGGUUGUGGAAUGUAGCGGCUAUGAUGUCUGCAAUUUAUGAGGAAAACAAGGAUGAAGAUGGUUUUCUUUACGCGACCUACAGUGGUGAGAAUACCUUUGGGUCGGUCUAAGACGACUCAAACCAGAUGUACGUGAAUCAGAUAAAAUGUAAUAUCUAGAUCAGUUGUAAAUUCUCUUUAACUCUCCUAGUUUAGCUCUCUAUUUCAGUCAUAUGUCUUGUUUGGAC